UCGGCUAUGGCUACAGUCAGGUAUUAUUGGAGCCACCUAGCAUCGCGGUUGCAACGGCGUCUUCCCCACUGCUGCUCUGCUCUCGUCCCCGAGCCCUCUCCCUCCUCUUCCUCAUCCCUCCUCCUCCUCAUCCCUCCUCCUCCGCUGCAGCCUGACUCCGACACAACCGGCAUGUCUGCAAACUGAGAGGCUCGAUCUAUCAUUUUUUAAAAAAGACACAACAACUUGUAUAUUCUGUGCUUCCGUUCGAGAGGAAGAAACAGACUGGUCAUAGACCAGCGACGUUUUUUCCCCCCGUUUCUGAAUUUGGGCUGAGAAAGACUCGGAGAAGGAUCCAAAACAAGGUCCAUCCGUCUCCGAUAACGUGACCCGCUAAAGGAAGAGAACACAGAACUGCUUCAUCAUGAAUUUUGUAAUGAAAGCUGCACUGGGAGGAGGUCCUCCUGAUGUCGGAAAGAUGCUAGGUGGGGAGGAGAAGGAGGAAGAUCCAGAUGCAGCAAAGAAAGAGGAGGAAAGGCAGGAGGCGCUCAGGCAGCAGGAGGAGGAGAGGAAGGCCAAAUAUGCCAAGAUGGAGGCAGAAAGGGAAAAUAUGAGACAAGGCAUCAGGGAUAAGUACGGCUUGAAAAAGCGCGAGGAGGCCGAAGCGGAGGCUGCAGCCGCGGCAGAGGAGCCCGCGGCUGGCAGCUUGACCCGACCAAAGAAGGCGGUGCCCACCGGCUGUGGGGAUGAAGAGGAGGAAGAGAGCAUCAUGGACACAGUGAUGAAAUACCUGCCAGGUCCACUCCAGGAUAUGUUAAAGAAGUAAGGCUAGCAGCGAGCUAGCCAGUGCUGUUACCAGGUUGGCUUCAAUCCCAAAACUUUUGCUCAGAUUCGCAUUGUAAAUGAUUCAAAUUUGGUUUUAUUCAAAGCGCUGUUGCGACUAUUAAAAGAUUUGAAAAGUGAGUAAAGGCCGCACCACUGGCCAGUUGUCGUUAGCGCAAAGCUAACAUCGAGCAGAAGGGCCGUAGACACAAUUUGAACCUGACUUUCAUUUUUCUCUCACUACUUUUAAAUUCCUUCGAAGAGCUUGACGCAACAACACGGUGUUCUCCUUCACCUCGCCGUUCACUUUAAUUGUACAUAAGCAAUCUAUAUAAAAAGCCUCAAGCUAGGCCAAACAAUCAAAUAUAUUAUUAUUAUCAUACUGUGUCUUUCUCUCAACUAGAAAAUGUGAUGACUUGAUAAGCCAUAUUUGAAAAAAAAAAAAAAAAAAAAAGUA